AUGGGAGGGAGAACGGCUGACUACACAGUUUAUGGGAAUAAAUUGUAUGUGGACAGCUGUGAAAAGUGGCUCAACUGCAAGAACGAGUUCCUGCAGAAGUAUCUCCAUCAGGUCCUGACCGAGUUACCCAGCUGCCCUUGCGUCUACCCGUCCGAGGUCAUCUACAGCGCCGUGAACAUCUUUGAUGAGAAGCUGCGCAAGACCUACUGAUGGCACGACACCAGCGGACCCAAAGAGCGCCUGGAUGUCUACAAGCCGUCUGCGCAGUUCUGCGUGCGCUCCAUGUUGUCGUCCGAAAGCACCAGACUCGCCGCGCAGCACUGCUGCUACGACGAACACAUGAAGCUCAUAACCAGGGGCAAAGGUGCCGGAGCGCAUAACCUUAUCAGCAUCGAAUUCUCUCCGGAGCUCCAUUACAAAGUGGACGUGCUUCCAUGGAUCCUGUGCAAAGGUGACUGGAGCCACUUCCACUCGGUAUGUCCUCCUAACAACGGGCUGCAGUGCACAGAGAACCCUCAGGAGGACAUCUAUAUGAACGAGCUGGAGGAGGCUCGAGAGUACUGAGAGGCAAAGCUGUCUCGUCUCAGAACUAUAGAUAU